ACAGUCAAUGUAAUCGCCGCCGCGCACCGUGCAACAACGAGAUAUUGUCGAAUUUUUUUCUGAAUUCAGAAAAAUCCGUUGAUAAACAAUACAAAAUUGCAAAACAACAACAAAAAUAACGAAAAUAUAUUAUCAAAAAAAAAAUAUAUAUAUAUAGAUAUAAAAUUUUCGAACUGAACGGUGGAUGGGCGCGUUUUCGUGCGAGGUACGAGUGAGACGGGAGCAGCCGAGAAAACAAGUGUAUGAUGAUGCGGGAAAUAACGGUGCAUGGCAUCAAGUAUUAAACUAAGAUUCCGGUGCAAGCGUUUUCCUGAAUCGUUUUAAAAAUAUUCGGAAAUGUUGGCCCAAAAUCAAUCGAAAUUCGUCAAGUGAAGUGCAAAAACAGAAUCGAAACCGGUUCGCCUCCGCAAAGAGCAAACCCAAUAGCAAAACCAAAAUCAAAGCCAGCGCAAGAAUUUUUGUUGUUUGGCCAAAGUAGCGCUGCCGGCGUCGUCGUCGUCGUCGCCGUUUGGUGCGUCCGUGUGCUUGUGCGUGCGUGUGUGUGCGAGCAUCUCGGGGAAAAGAAGUGAAAAAGAGAAGCAAAGUCAACGGCAAAGGAAAAGGUACGCCAAAAACAAAAGCAGAAACCUGUUCCCUGCAACAAAAACAACGACGACGGGCUCUGCUGCCACAAAAAGUGGCACAAGUGAAAAUUCCUGCCUUCUUGUUGUUGUCUUUUAUUAUGAUUUUUUUCAAUUUUUUUUGACAAUCGCCAAAAGUGAAAAUCAAUUUGACAGAGUGCGCGCGCAUAGAGAGGAAAAGGAAGAGCAAGCGAGCGAGCGAGUCCUGUUUUUUACCCAGCCCAAAAAUUGGAGAACAAAAACCUGACGAAAAAAUACCACUAACCACUAAGAGCAACAAAAACAAAAACAGAUGUAAACCAUCGGGAGACUACAACAAAAGUAAAUAAAUUUGAGCCGGAUUCCGGGGAAAUUCGGGAAAAGCAACGAAAUCAAAGAGAGAGAGAGAGAGAGAGAGAGGUAAUUAAAUGGCAAUUUCUCAUCAAUUUCAUGGAAUAUUUCACCAAUUGUCCAGUUUGAGCUGCACUUGAUCGAACGCCUGCCUGAACAAGUGUUACAUCGGCGAGAGAGCGGAGCGAGAUCCAUGAUGUGUCACAAUCAACGGAAGAUUACUUCUACGAACUUCCACGAAAUGUCCAAACGAAACGCAUUCCACCAGCAAAAGAUACGAACCUACCGACCAAUCAAAUAAACAGCCGAGAGAGGGAGAGAUUACCAUUAAGGAAUCAUCGAAUCGAAUCGAAUCGAAUCGAAUCGAUAAAUCGUAAGCCGCAAAAAGGAAGCAGAAGCGAUAGAAAGGAAGGCGUUGUUUACACAGAAGAAUACCCUGUAGAGAAGCCCCUGCCUGCCGCACAGGGGAGCCAGUUGCGGAGAGUUGGAGAGAAAAGCCGCCAAAAUUACGACGUAUCACCCACCAACGCCCAAAGUCAAACAGAACCCGGCCAAUAUGGACGCCACGUCCGGGCCGGGGGCGUUUGACGAUGAGCCGCCGCCAGAGCCGCGCGACGGAUGGCUGCUGGUGCGCAUCCAUGUGCCGGAGCUGAACGUCUACAAGUGUCUGCAGUUCCCAUCGGAGCGUCUCGUCUGGGAUGUCAAGCAGCAGGUGCUCGCCUCGCUGCCAAAGGAACUUAAGGAGAGCUUCAACUACGGCCUCUUCGCCCCGCCCUCGAACGGGAAGGCGGGAAAGUUUCUGGAUGAAGAGCGUCGGCUGGGCGACUAUCCAUUCAACGGCCCCGUCGGCUACUUGGAGCUCAAGUACAAGCGACGCGUCUACAAAAUGCUGACCCUGGACGAGCGCCAGCUGAAGGCCCUGCACACCCGGGCCAAUCUGCGCCGAUUCCUCGAGUGCAUCAACGGGGGGCAUGUGGAGAAGAUAGCCAAGAUGUGUGCCAAGGGACUGGACCCCAACUUCCACUGCUCGGAGAGCGGCGAAACGCCGCUGAGCGUGGCCACCGGUGCCAAGAAACCGAACAAAGUGCUCAUUGCCUUGGUCAAUGGCGGGGCCCUGUUGGACUACAGGACCAAGGACGGGACCACGGCCCUGCACCGGGCUGUGGAGCACGACUCCCUGGAGGCGGUCAGUACCCUCCUGGAGCUCGGGGCCUCGCCCAACUACCGCGACGGGCGUGGGAUCACGCCCCUGUACAUCUCGAUAACCAGAAAGUGCGAAUCGAAGAUCACGGAGAGCCUGCUGCACGACCACGCGACGCUCGGUAUCCAGGAUAGCCAGGGCUGGAACGAGGUCCAUCAGGCCUGUCGGCACGGCCUGGUUCAGCACUUGGAACACCUCCUGUUCUACGGUGCUGACAUGGAUGGCCGCAAUGCGUCCGGCAAUAGUCCGCUGCAUGUGUGCGCCGUCAACAACCAAGAGGCUUGUGCCCGAAUGCUUCUCUUUCGCGGCGCCCAGCGCGGCGCCCAGAACUUUGCCAACCAAACUCCCUAUCAGGUGGCUGUCAUAGCUGGCAACUUAGAGCUGGCCGAAGUCAUUGAGAACUACAAAUCGGAGGAUAUUGUACCCUUCCGCGGACCGCCGCGCUACAAUCCGAAGCGGCGCUCGGGCAUCGGCUGGCUGAGCGCCAAUGGAGCCGCCGGGGCUGCUCUGCUGGCUGCGGCUGGCGGUGGUCUUGGUGGUGCAAUGAUCAGUGACAGUGCCCAUCCGAAUGGCAUCGGAAACGGAAACGGAAUCGGAAACGGAAACGGAACGGGCAAUGCCAGUGUUGGCGGUGGGGGUCUGAUGAUGAUGAUGAUGCAGCAUCAGAACCACCAACAGCAGCAGCAGCAGCACAACCACAAUCCCCAUCAUCUGCACCACCAGCACCAGCACCAGCUUCAGCUGCAUCAGCAUCAGCUGCAGCUGCACGGCCCGCCCUCGCCGUGCCCCUCGGAGCACAUGCUGGGCGCCUACAGUUCGGCCAGCUCCAGCCUCUCCGAGGGCUCCUCGGGACACCGUUCGCACGAGGACGACAUCAGCAUUGUCACAGACAAAUCCCUGGGCGAUACGAGCGACAUCAUCAGCGACUCGUCGGGCGUGGGAACCAACUCGGACUCGGCCGCCUGCUCGAUUGGACACCCCAGCACCACUGUCGUGUGCAUGGAGCCGUAUGUCGGCAACACAGUGGGGCACAUCCGGCUACAGCCCGGCGACGUCAUCGAAGUGGUGGGCAGCACCGACUGCGGCCUCCUCGAGGGCUAUGUGAGGGGCACCAAUCAGUCGGGUUUCUUCCCCGCCGACUGCGUCCAGGAGGUGAAUCUGCGCCAGAAGCACAUCACCAACGUGAUGACCGCCAGCACGGGCAUGCCCGCCCCCAACCAGCAGGCCCCACUGCAGCACCAGCAGCAGCAGAAACAGCAGCAGCACCACCAGCACCAGCAGCAGCAGCAGCAGCAGCCCUCCUCCUCGGCCUCCUACCAGGGAUCGCCGCAGCUCAGCCUCGGCGGGCACUCGGGCAGCUCGAGCACCCUGCUGCAGCAGCCCCACCAUUCGCCCUCGCUCUCGAUGACCAGCAACGGGUCCUGCCAGCAGCCACAGCAGUUGGCAGAGAGUAACGGGGGAGCAGGCGGUGCCCCCAUGGGCAGCCACAACAACAACAACAACUCCAUUGGACAGUACAGCAGCGCCACAGCGCCGCGCAUCAAGAAGAGCGCCUACAAUGCCCCACGUUCGGUGGUGCUGCACCGCGCCAAGCGCGGCUUCGGCUUCAUAUUACGGGGGGCCAAGGCCAGCUCCCAGCUGAUGCAGCUGCGACCCUCGGAACGUUUUCCGGCUCUGCAGUAUCUGGACGACGUGGAUCCGGGCGGAGUGGCCGACAUGGCCGGCCUGCGGCCGGGCGACUUCCUGCUGACCAUCAACGGGGAGGACGUGAGCGCCGCAUCGCACGAGCAGGUGGUGGAGAUGAUCCGCUCGGCGGGAGCCCUGGUCAACAUGACGGUGAUAUCGCCGCAGUUCCCCCACCAGAUGCAGGCCACUGUCCAGUACCUGCCCAGCGGGGCCAGGGCCGGCAGCCAGCACUUGUCGAGUGGCCCGAGCACUCCGCAGACGUCGCACCGCCAGUGCGCCACAUUGCCGCGCAAGAUGUCUAUGGGACCGGGCAGUCAUGGCGGUGGCGGCGGCGGCUCCUCGGCCGGAGGGAGUGUGCGGAUGGCACCCAUGCCACCGCGAAGGGACCCUAAGACGACGCUGAGCGUGGGACGGGCCAGGGCCAAGUCCAUGGUGGCUGGCCUCGAGAACGGCGGCGAGAAGGAGGACGAUGUGCAGCACACCAAGUCCAAUUCGGUGGAGUCCAUUGCCACGUCCAUUGCGGCGUCCGUGGCCACAAGUAACGGCAACGGCAACGGCAACAACAAUCAGACAGGACCCGGCACCCCCGUCCAGCUGCGGACGGCCAGCAUCAAGGCCCGGCCUACAUCCAGUCGAAUCACGGCCGCCGAGCUGGAGGAGCUCUUCCAGCGGCAGCAGGGCGAUGGCAGUGCCGCCAAUGCCAGCCGUUAUGCCACCAUGAUGACCAGCUCCCGGUUCCAGUCGGGCACGGACAGUGGCGCGGCCACGCCUCCCGCCACGAACGGAUCCCCCAUGAGGAGCGGACCCCUGGUCUACGGCAGUGUGGCGGAAAUGAAGCGCAAGACGGCCAGGAGCAAGCACGUAGGGAUCAUUGGCAGCGGCAGCGGCGGCACCCUGCGUGGCAAGCCAGUGGCCACGCCCACAGUGGGUGGGGCUGGGGGAGUAGGCGGCGCAGGAGGACGCGACUUGAAGCGUUUCCACUCCACGCCCGACCUGCACGGCGCCCAGCUGCACGGCUCAGUCUCGUCCAUCUGGCAGGCGGCCGGCAAGGGUCAUCACUCGCAGGACGAUGUGGCCACGCUGCACGCCUCGAUGCAGCGUCUCAACACCACGGAAGCCAAGGGGGCAGCCGGCCCAGUGCUUCCGCCACCCAAUCAUCCCCCACCGCCGCCGCCUGUCGGCCAGGUGGUCAAGGUGGAGACCCGAAGCAGCGUCUCGGAGUACGAGAGCACCAUCUCCUUGCAGCAGAAGCUGAAGAAGCGGACCGAGAACGAUGCCGUGACCAGUGCGGCCAUCGAUGGCGUCCAGAGCAGUUUCAAUCCCUCGGCCAACGCCAAGAUCUAUGCCUCGCCCCAAGAGCUGCGCAACGUGAUGGCCUGGAAGCUGCGUCAGGCGCAAGAGAAGCCGCCCCAAGAGACCUCCGCGAGCUCUCAGCAGCAACAGCAACAGCCACUGCCACAGGUACAGCCACAGGCACAGCACCAGGUCAGCCAGUAUGCAGCUCCCACACAGAUGCGUCCGCAGCAGCAACAACAGCAGCCUCAGCAGCAGCCCACUGGAACGACCUCCCACUAUGCGGCGCCUCAGGUGCAGGUGCCAGUGCAGCAACAGCAACAGCAACAGCAGCCGGAGCCCCAGUCCCCGCCUGCACCACCGCCACCACAGUCUCAGUUGCAGUCCCAGCCGGCGCCUGCUGCAGCUCAGCAAGCAGCACAGAAUGGAAAUGGGAAUGGUGGUGGUGGUGGAGGUGGAGCCCCGCCCAUCCCCGAGCCGGACUACAGCUGCAGCGAGUCGGAUGGGGAGGACGAGAACUCGAUUCUUGUGGCACGCAACACGAAGCUCAACGAGAAGAUAGCCCUGUUCGAUGUGCCCGAGACCAGCGGCAACAGUCAGGCCAGUGGCAGCAGCUCGAACUCCGGCAGUGCGUCCAUCUCACAUUCGCUGUCGGUGGAGGAAAUACAACGCAUACGCAGUAAUCUCAAGACCUCCAAGUCCUCGCCCAAUGGCUUCGCGAAGAAGCCUGACGAGGAGCAACAGAAGCAGCAGCAGCAACCACAGCCAUCUCCAGGUCCAGGUCCAGGCGAAGAUGAGUGCGACACUAGCAGUUCUGGUGUAAGCAGCGAUCAAGAUGGUCUGAUGGCCAUAGCAGGAGGAGGAGGAGGAGCUGCAGCAACAGCGGCAGUCGCCAAGCCCACUGACACUAUCAAGAAGAAGCCGACAGUGACCAUUGUGGAAGAGCCGAAGACUAUACCCGAUCAGCCCAUGGCCUCCACCAAGCCCAUGGCCAAGACAACAAUCAGCAUUGGAGCAGCAAGUGGAGGAGCCACCACCACGCUGACUGUCAAGCAGUUGGUGCAACAGCAGCACGCUCCCGUUAUACAGCAGCAUCAGCAGCAUCAGCAGCAGCAGCAGCUUAUCACCAAGCCGACAGCCACUGUGGCUACAAUGGCCAGCAACAUCAACAUGAAAUCUCUCGGCGGCAACAAUGCCACAUCAGUGAUGAGUCCACAGGUUCUGGGGCGCAUACCCAACGUGCAUCAUCAUCAGCAGCAACAGCAGCAGCAGCAGCUGCAACAGCAGGCGAAUCCCAACCAGAAAUUGAUAGCCACGCAGCAGCAGAUCUUGCAGCAACAGCAACAGCAGCUGGCCCACCAGCAACAUCUGCAGCAGAUCCUCAAGGCGAAGGCAGCCGCCGCCGGAGGAGCCAGCAACACGGCCGCCCUGGUGGCCAAGCAUCAGCAGCAGUUGCACAAGGGAAACAGCGGCCACGAGUCGGAGAUGGAGCAGCGUUCCGACCUGGAGGAUGACGACGGAGACCUGAGCCCCUCGCCGCCUGCCAAGGCCUUCCAGCGGCACAACUCGCUCACACGCAAGCAGGCGGCGGCCAUUGCCAUGCAGCGGGGCGUGACCCGCACCUCGGCCGUCUCGCUAAUGCAGUUGCCGCCGCCGCUGGAGGCCGACAGCGAUGGUGAGGUUCCGCAGCACACAUUGCAACGCCAGCAUCCCCAUCCCCACCCACACCAGCUCCAGCAGAUCCAACACCAACAACAGCAGCAGCAGAUGGCCACGCAUAUUGUGGGCGUCUUGCCCAGCGGACAGUUGGUGGCUGUUGCCUCUGCUGCUGUUGCUGGUGGUCCGGGCGGGGCGACUGUAGCGCAGCCUGGCAACAACAAUAUGCAGCUGUGCACCGAGAACUUGGUCCUGGCGCCGCCGCCGCAGUUCUGCGAUUGUAACGAUGCCAAGCACGCGCCGCAGUCGCAGCCGCAUCUGCCAGGCGGCCAGUAUCAUCCUCAGCAGCAUCAACAGCAGCAGAUUCAACAGCAACAGAUUCAACAGCAACAACUCCAACAGCAGCAACUCCAACAGCAACAACAGCUUCAACAGCAGCAACAACAACAGAUGCUGAACCACCAUCAGCGUCUGUCAGGCGGGGCUGGCGCUGGAGCCGUUGGCACUUUGGGACGAGUUCGCAUCGUUGGCACCAUGCCCAAGGCCAAUCACCAUCGGCUGCACUAGGCUGAUCUGUAAGAGCUGCACGAGCUGCGGGAAUCAAAUCUAACAUUUGCCAAAUCGUUAAGUCGUUAAUUAGAGUUAGUCAACAGUCAUUGCCAUUCACAACGAAUAGCUGCGGCUGCCUGCACCCGAGGAAAGACGCCACAAGUAGAGCAUUAAGCAACACGAAGGCAUAGAAUACAUAGCAGGCAUAGCAAUGGAUCCAUUUCAGACACAAAUCAAAUCGUUGCUACUUCUGUAUAUUCACAGCAAAUACACAACAUUCAAGUUGAAAGCGCUAAACCCACAAGAAAGUAAUUAUAAAUGCAAAUAUUGCAAAUAGAGACGGAUGUUAGGUGCGUGCAUGUGUGUCGUGUCCGAUUUGUCGAGGCAGUGCCCAUACCAGAGGGAAGCUAAACGAAACACAAUCUUAAAUUACUUUUAUUAUAUUUAUUGAGUGUGAUAUAAAUUUAUGUAGGCUGACCGAGAGCAGCAACUAAACAAAAAUAUUUCUAAUCCGACAGAAAGUGUGCGCGUUUGUAUGCAAUAUUGUAUUAUGUUAGUCACCAACACCACACCCAAAUGCCUGUUCCAACCAUUGAAAACAAACUGAAUCGAACUGAAAGUAUUCGUUCCUUUAGUUUGCUUUCGAUCUGCACAGUGUCGAUGAAAUGCCCCAAUAGAAGUAGCCACGUAUAUAUGUAUGCAUAGCCGAUUUAGCUCGUAAUAUUGAGGGGGCCGCCAGGGCAGGUUCAUUUCUUCAGUAUCCAUCCAUUGAUCAUUCGAGUUCGUGUUCGUGUUCGUAUUCGUAUUCGUGUUCGUGUUCGACUAGUGCACAAAAUAUUUAAGCGACAUUAAUAUUAUUAAUCCAAUACACAACUAGCGUAGGUUUUAUAUGCCUAAAGAACGGGAGAAUGCGAUAGACGUUGCACCGCGUAACAAUAAGAUUUGUAUUUGAGCAUUUAGCCGAAUUUCCAGUCAAGUCAAGUCAACUAAAUUAAAUACUAAACCGAUACUAAAACUUGUAAUGUUUUUAAACAUGAAUAUAACACGAUAUACCAUAGCCUCGGACAUUUUAUAAUAUAAAAAGAAGAAGAAGAAAAACAAAAACAAUUUGGAAAUCCAAAACGAAAACAAAACGUAAAUUUUUGCUAGUAAAAUUUACAGAUUUUUACUUUAAUAGAUUUUUUGUAAAAUUGUUUUUUAGAGAAACCCUUAAACUUGCCGAAGGAGGAAAGUCGCGUAUUAUAUUGAAAGAGGUUCUCACAUAUUUGCCAGCGCUUAACGCAAAUAUCGUCAUAGGCAACCCAAACUUACAGAAUGCGUUUUCACGAGUAACAAUUAUUAUAUAACUAAGGCUGAUCUUAUUGCAUAAUUCAUACUAAAACACAACCACAGAUAAAGAUACAGAUACGAUACAGGCACUGAAGCAGAAACAGAAACAGAAUUCACAGAAUCACACAUUCAUAGAUGAGACAAUUGAAUGAUAACGAAGAACUCCAAUCACCAAACAAGCGAUUGAUGCAUUUACACUGUUUAAACGAGGCUGCAGGCUCUUUGAGAUAUGCAAGAAUUGAGUGGUAAUACGAGUAUAAUGAAAUCUUUCCAAUUGGCAGGCCGCACCUUUUCCCUAGAAUCUAAGUGUUGAAAAGUUAGUACCCAUAAAGCUAAACCAUAAACAUAAUAUAACAUACAAGUAAUUAUCGGCAGAUCUAGCAUCUAACUAGAUUUUAUCACACUUUUUAGUUCUCGCAAUAGUUGCUAAUUAUUUGUAAAUUGUUUUAGUUCAAGCCCACGCCACACAUACACCCCCUUACAUACGAGUAUAUACAGAAACAUGUAUGAUUAGCCGUCAAGCUUGCUAGUUACUAAGUUAAACUGCCUGGGAUAUCCAUGUGGAUUGCUCAGUUAAGUCCUACACACGUCUAGAUACAUACAUUCUUAAACCUAUAUUAUGCGCAUUAUAUGUAAACCGAUUACGUUCAGCUGUUCAGCGUUCAAUUGCGAAUGCCGGAAGCUAUACGAGUAUAAACGAAUAUUGAAUAUGCAUACACCACAAUGAUAAUGUUAAACGAUUAAAGCACACUCCCCUACACACACCCACAUACACUUUAAAAGCAUAUAUUUAAAAUUAUGGCAAAUAUCUAUCAUAAGUCAUCAAAUAUGCAAUUAUGUAUUAUGAACAUGCGUAUGAAGAAUCAAUAAAUAUGAAUGAAAACUA